GCAGACUGGAUCUAUGGUACCUGGGUUCUUCUACAGGGACCUGCCCAGACUGGAAGCCACCAAUGACUCCGAGUAAAGACGACGUUUAUAUGUGUUUGUUUGUUAGGUGAUACCCCGGAACGGUAGAGUGUUUAAUUUUACUGUUUACCUUUUUCGACCAAAUUUAGUGACGGAAAUUACAAAAACGAAACAGGCCCAAGAAGAAUCAUUGUUCACUGAGUCAACACAGGCCCAAGGUAGCGCAAACAACCCGCGCACACAUCGCUGCGGUUGAGCUGAUACAGGAAGCCGCAUCCUUGGCUGAUUACUCGGUCUCUGAACUCAUACCACCAAGUUACUUUCCCAAAAUGGCGGGUGAAUCUACAGGGACGCGGCCCAAAGUGCUGCUUUUGGGGACAAUCGAUCACGCAGACGAAGCCUGGUCCAAACUCUCAGCAAAGGCCGACAUCGUCACCCCGACCUCGACGGACCGCGCAUCCUUCCUCGCCGAGUGCGCAUCGGGCGCAUUCGCGGGCGUCGUGGCCGCGUACCGCACCUUUGUCAGCGGCCGGACGACGGGCCGCAUCGACGCCGAGCUGCUGGCCGCGCUGCCACCCACGCUUCGCUUCAUCUGCCACAACGGCGCCGGCUACGACCAGAUCGACGUGGCCGCCUGCACGGCGGCGGGCGUGCGCGUCAGCAACACGCCCUCGGCCGUCGACGACGCCACCGCCGACGCCGGCAUCUUUCUCAUGCUGGGCGCGCUGCGCAAUUUCGGCCCCGGGAUGCAGAGCUGCCGCAACGGCGAGUGGAUCGGCAAGCCUGCGCCGGCGCUGGGGCAUGAUCCCCGCGGCAAGGUGCUGGGUAUCCUGGGCAUGGGCGGCAUCGGUAGGAACAUGGCCAAGAAGGCGGCCGUGUUUGGCAUGAAGAUUCGGUACUACAACCGGACCAGGUUGUCGGCCGAGCUGGAGGCGGACUGCGGCGCCGAGUAUGUCGACUUCGACACGCUGCUUGUCACCAGCGACGUGCUGAGUUUGAACUUGCCGUUGAACCCCAAAACCCGCCACACGAUAUCCCACGCCGAGUUCGCCAAGAUGAAGACGGGCGUUGUGGUGGUCAACACGGCCCGCGGCGCCGUCAUGGACGAGGCGGCGCUCGUGGCGGCGCUGGACUCGGGCCGUGUCGCCUCGGCCGGGCUCGACGUCUACGAGGAGGAGCCCAAGGUCCACCCGGGCCUGUUGGCCAACCACCGAUGUCUGCUGGUGCCGCACAUGGGAACCUACACCGAGGAGACCCAGACAAAGAUGGAGGAAGUUGCCAUAUCCAACGUCGUUGCUGCCCUCGAGAAGGGUCAACUAGUCACUGGCGUUCCGGAGCAGAGUGGCUUGACUUUUUGAUUACUCUUGUUUUAAAGUUUGCUUUAACCCAUCUGAAGCAGUACGGCCAGAUGAUAUGAACUCACUAGCGCUUAAACCGGUUGGAACUGAUUACUUGGUGCAAGAGUUCACGCAUGUGCUUACUCGAUCAGUUUUGCCUGGGCCCGGCGUUCAAAUGAUCUCAUCCCCUACUCACGUCGCAGAGGGCACCAUAUGCAAGCAUUCAUCCCAUACUUCGUCACAAGUGCCAAGUCACAUGCCGAGGCUCAAAUGGAUCACAGUUAUGCCAAAUCUCUUUUUGUCUAUAUCCGUGGCCUGGUUGAAUGGGCCAUUCACCACCUAAAUACUGGCAUGCAUGCCAUUUGCCACCCUUUCCUGUGGGUUGGCGUAACCUAGACAUAAAACAAAACAAAAACCCGUACCAAGUGGACAAAAAAAAGAACGCCUUUCCUUUGGUUAAACACAGAAAAUUCGUCCGUAAGGAAUGGUGGGGAUAUCAUCAUCAUGCUGCCAACGCCGAACUUUUGUUGAAAAGAUGGUUCAGUUGCCUGCCUGUUUUCCCACCUUGAUUCCGGUAGUAUAUGUCCCCAAUGUACGAACCAUAAAAAAAUGCAUUAAAAAAUCCCAUUGCUCUCGUUACCCGUAUAGCUUAGUUGUUGAAUUAGUAGCGUCCGGCCGGCGUAGAUAGACCGGCACAGGGGUAUCCGGUUUAACCUCGCGACGAGCACGCCAUGUGUCGCCGGAAUGAGGUUACACGGACACGCUUAGUAGCG